AUGUCAUAUUACAAUAGGUAUAGAAAUAAGAGAAGAGGUGAUAAUGGUGGCGGAAAUUUGAAUAGUAGUGCGAAUGGCAGCAACGGUGGAAUGCCUUCCGGACUAUCUGCCUCAGACGCAAUCUUCGAUUUGGGUAAAAAUAAAAGAGUUACAGUAAGACAAUUCAGAAACAUAAACUUAAUUGAUAUCCGUGAAUACUAUUUGGAUUCUUCCACAGGUGAGAUGAAGCCUGGCAAGAAGGGUAUCUCGUUGACGGAGGAUCUAUACGAUGAAUUGCUUAAACACAGACUGAAUAUCGACGAAGCUUUGAGAAGGCUGGGAUCGAAGAGACCAAAAACCAAAAUGGUCAGACUAUUAUCGGACGAUGAGUAUGAAGAUGAUAACAAUAAUGACAAUAAUAACGACAAGGACAAAAACGACAAAACCAACGUCAAGAGGAGGAGGGAAGACAAAUCCAAAUCAUCGAAUGAAAACCAUGACAUGGAACCACGUUCAAAGAAAAAAAGGCCAGCUCCACCCACCUUGUUACCACAUGAAGAAAACAUCCAAAACGCUGAAAGAGAAGCCAAUGCUACAUUGAUUAUCCCAGGACAAGCCGGUAGGAAGCAGCAAGAGGAACGAAAGCAGAAGGAGAAGGAAGAGGGGGAGACAAAAGCAAGGGCAGUGGCGGAAGAAGAGGCGAAAGCAAGGGCAGCGGCAGAAGAAGAAGAAGAAGCAAAGGCAAAAGCAAAGGCAGUCGCUGAAGAAAAAGCAAGGGCAAAGGAAAGCGUCCCCGAACCCGAACCGGCACCUGUACUUGCAUCCAAUAAAGAAGACGUGGCGUCCAACAUAGACGAGGCAAAAGAUGCGAACUCUAGUGACGAAGAAUUUGCCCAAAGCUUGGAGGCUGAAAUGAACAAGGCUGAAGAUGAUAUAAGUGAGGAGGAAUAA